AUGAUCAUUGCUCGAGACCCCGAAACACAAGAUAGGACUUUUAUAAUUGAGAAAGCACGGCAUCAUCGGGACUACAUCUUUGAUGUCAGUGAUGAUGAUGAAGUUGCUAAUCAUGGCGAAGCAUUCGACUCCCGACUCGUAACAGUGUACGACUGCGAAGGGCCUCAGGCAUUUGCAGCGCCAUUUCACGUCGAUUGCUACAAGGUGCUAGCGGACGCUUAUGAACCGCGAGACGUCGAUCUCUCAGCUCUUUAUGACACCCUUGAAAGCCACUGCCCUCGUGUUGACAGCGCCUAUCGCAGUAAACUGGCGUUCGAAUAUGACAACCCAAGACACACUGUGGUCGGCACCGUCUAUGAUUUCUCGUUCGCAUCACCAAACCGCAUUUCUGAUGAUCCCAAGUUUGUGGGGCGCGAGCUUAAAAGAAACUCGCGAAGAUCUGGGUCAGGUACUCCGCACAUACUCAAUGGCGAAAGGUUGACUCCUACAAGAAUCUACGAUGAUAUGCCAUGGGCAAAGUACAUUCUUGCGCUCCGCUCGCACAAGCUGUCAAUGGAUAUGGCCCUAUACUACCAGAAUCUCGUCGCUCUCGGCAAUGGCCGCCUAAAGGAGGGAGACUUCUCACUUCCAGUCAGGAUGCAUCUCCAGAAUCGGUGUCGAAUCUGGGGUGUAUGUACUCGAAUUUUGGAGGAGUGCUCGACACGCGGCCAGUCGGCGAACAAGAUGGAGGCGGAGACGAGGGGGCAGUGGCCUUUCAUUAAACAUACCAAGCAGGCUGAUAAGAUUCUCCGGGGCGCGAUCGCGAGUCCCAUGCCACUGUUGACAUUCCCAGGCUACACCAAACGACACUCCAAAAAAGUCUAUGGCAGCGUCAGUCUCAUCAAGGAGAUGAAAGACCUCGAGAAAGCCGAGCCUGUGAUUAGGGUCUAUUGGAGUGCCAGAAAGAGACUUGCUGGUAUUGGAGUUUACGAUCCCAACACAAACACGGCCAGGACCUUAGGAUCAGUGGCUCCAUUCCACAGGACUCAAGAUGCACAGAUCCCCUCAGAUAACUGGCUAGCAGGAAUUUUCAUCGUAACGAAGGAAGUGCCUGUACAGAUACCCUUGGUCUGGCGACGGGUGAUUGUAGGGAUUAAGUUUGCGUUCCUAUACGACGACUUCAUUUCGUUCGGUGAACCUGUGGGAGACGUCCGAGUUCUCGUUCCCAAGCCGUGGCAUACUGUGGUUGGCAUUGGCGCUUCAUGGAAUACGGGGAAAGGAGUGGAAAGCCUGGUUCUUCUGCAACAGCCUCAAGAAAAGGUACCUCGGUCUGCCUAUUGCCGGAUCGGGGUGGAAUACCCCGAUGACCUAGACGGACUGGAAGUGACAAAGAUGUUUCGACCCGAUCCUAGAAUCGCAAACUUCCUCUGGAGAGGCUGGAUCCCUCUUCGCCCCGAAAUCUGGCCUACUUACCCAGUUCGACUGGAUCCCUUGAUGCCAACGCCUGUAGAGACACUGAUGCUCACCAAGCCGCGCGGUGAUGACUGGGACUACAAAUUCAUUCUUGGGGUGGAUGCUCAGUUUCGUGGGUUCGAAGUCCUCUUUCAAUACAAGGACAAGACAAAAACAGUUCGGCGAUCUAUCGGCGUUGCCACUGCCAUGCACUACUUCUUCAUGGAUAGCGAUGAGCGAAUCACGAAAUGCUACAUCACGGGCAAAGACAAAAUUGAGGGCAUACGCUUGGUAACGGAUAAAACACAGCAUUUCAUCGUUGGAAGACCUGGACCAGACGAGAUAGGCCUUGCCAAAGAAGGCUUAAACAUGCAGUCUAUCGAGGGUUUCAAUUGCCGAUGGUCUGACGACCGAAACAGCUCACUGACGUCCUUUGGCGUAUUGACGCUCGAUUUUAGUUCCGUGAAUCUAGGAGAAGAGCGCGAGGAUAAGGAUAAGGAUAACAUUCUGGGUCAUUACUGGGUCCCCGAGCGUCCACAGACAAGAUUCCCAAUCGAGGGAGCUGGGCAGAUCCAUGGCAUGACAAGAUGGAUCGAAAGACUGCGCUACCCCGGCGUCGGCGUGCCAAGUCCACAGGCAGUUGUGACGUGGCUCGACUGCUCAAAACCACUCGAAACUGUCUCUAUCACGAUGUGUCAUAGCACGACGACGAAGCUGCUCAUGAUGACUUCAAUGGCUUUCGAGUACGCAGAGGCCCAUGAACCAAUGUUCUUCGGACCGUUCCCCAUAGACUCACCAGAGCACGAAAAAGGCGUCAAGAAGCAGGACCGGUGCGCUUGUAUACAUGGAGGUUCUUUCGAACAAGAGAUCGAAGAUAUACCCCACUAUGAGCCAGACAAAUGGCACGUUUACGGCGGUUACUUGAAGGCUCUUCGUGUAUGGGUUAACGAAAUCGGCGUGUUGACUGGUCUACAGUUCGUGGCUCAAGAAUCCGAGAGUCAGAAGUGGGGGUUCUGCGAUGGCGAACACUUUGUUGAGCUGGACCUUCAGAGCAAAGAGAGUCACACGCUAGGGAUCAAGUUCUUCCUAGACUCGAAUGGGAGAAACCAUGUUAGCGAAGAUAUCGUGGUUGUGGCUGUUCAGCGGAUCAAGGUACCAAAGAUUGGGGAUAAUCCUCAGAAUAUGCGACACAAGAAACCAAGUCUUGAACAGCCGCUGAACUCAAUAACAGUCGUGCGCAACAUCGAAGGUCUCGCUCAUCAGCAAAGAUCGUUUACUGAGAAGCGACAAGAGGGCUAA